AUGUCUAUCCCUUUAAAAUUAUACUCUGCCGGUACUCCAAAUGGUAACAAAAUCACCAUCUUCUUAGAAUUCUUAGGCUUAAAAUAUGAUCUUCAAAAGAUUAAUAUUAGAGAAAAUGAACAAAAGCAAGAUUGGUUUGUGAAAAUAAAUGCAAAUGGUAGAAUCCCAGCUUUAGUUGAUUCCGAUACUGGUGUAACCAUCAGUCAAACUGCUGCUAUCUUACAAUAUCUUGCUGAUACUUAUGAUAAAGAUUAUAAAUUCUCUUACAAACCUGGUACUAUUGAAUAUUAUAAACAAUUGGAAUAUUUAAUCUAUUCCGUUGCUGAACAAGGUCCAAUUACAGGUCAAUUGGGUCAUUUCACUAGAGCUGCUCCAGAAAAGAUUCCUUAUGCCAUUGAACGUUAUACAACUGAUGUCAAAAGAAUCUUGGGUGUAUUAGAUGAUAUUGUCAGUAGAAAUAAAGACAAUGGAUAUUAUUUCGUUGGUCCUCAUUAUUCCAUCGCUGAUUUCUCAGUGUUUGGAUGGGCUAGAUCAGUAGCUAAUUUUAAUAUUGAUAUUACUGAAUAUGAAUAUCUUGGUCCAUGGUUUACCAAGCUUUCUGAAACUCCAGAAGUUAAAAAAGGUCUUGAAGCUCAUAAUUAA